AUGUCCGGUGAGGCGUGGCUAUACCUUCUAGCAGUAUUAUUAAAUGCCGUCAACCUAUUUCUUCAAGUUUUCUUCACCAUAAUGUACUCGGACCUCGAAUGCGAUUACAUUAACCCCAUCGAUCUUUGCAACCGCCUCAACACCUACAUCGUUCCCGAAGCCGCUGUCCACGCUUUCCUCACCGCUUUGUUUCUGGUCAAUGGGUACUGGCUAGCGCUACUGCUCAAUCUACCGCUUGUGGUAUUUAACGUUAAGAAGAUUCUGGAUAAUGCUCAUCUCCUGGAUGCUACGGAGAUCUUCCGAACACUGAACAAACACAAGAAGGAAUCUUUCAUCAAACUUGGUUUUCAUCUUGUCAUGUUCUUCUUCUACCUAUACAGUAUGAUUGUUGCUCUUAUCAGAGAUGAGACCAACUAGGUUGAACGAGAAGCAUUUACUCAGACUGUGUGGGACACGUUUCAACGGAGCUGAAAUGGAUGGACUGCUGGAGCAUUAGGCUAUGUAAGGGGUGCAUCUUAUAUUAGGGGUCUUGGGCUUUAGUGUGUCGUUGGGCGUGGAACUGGAGAGCUGGUUGGGGCUUGGAGACAAGGUGUAUACGGCGUGACAUCCUUUGAUGUCUUAUAGUGGGAGGAAGAGUUAAGAGCUAUGGCGGUGGUGCUCAUUGCUCGCUGUCUGUUUCCCUGAAGUUACUGCUAUCAUACUUAUGUAUAGAUCUUACCCUUUCCUUAUUUUUAUUUUUUCUAUUUUUUCAUAUUUUCAGCUAUCGUUCUUAGUUCUCUUUCCAGCCCCGGUGCUUCCUUCUAUUCUCCGUUCAGUUAUCAAGCGAUUUUUUUCUCAUUUAUUUCUUUGAUUUCCCCCAUCUUCAAGAUUUCUCUGCAGUUUGCAUCGAGGUAAGGAGUGGUUUUUCAUGAUACUCACGGAUUCAGAAUGGAACGGUUUUCAUUUUUUUCCUUUUUCUUUCCGCUCAUUGCUUGGGUCGUUUGGAAUAGUAAUUGGAAGGACAGCUGGCUAGUGAGCUAGCAGGGGAAAAGGGUGGGGGGAACAGAAUGCCCUGUUAUGUACGAUGAAAGCAUAAUUCAUGAUUC